GUGGUGGGGAGGAUAGAGACCGAGGGUGUCGGGUCGUUCGGUUGGUGCGCGCGGAACAGUGACGAUUCGACUGGUCGAGCGGUUGGGGUGUGUAAGCGUUACUGGUUCAUUGGUGAUAAGAGAACGCGUGCGUUUUGUUUCAACGGCAACGUUGCACACUUGUACGCGUUUCCGAAUGCCGCGCCGUUCACGAUUUCGUACUUGGGAGUUGGACAGAGAUUCGUUCGUCUCGUAGCAACGAACAAGUCAUUUUGCAGCGUGUUUAAUGUUGCGACGCUGUUAUCGAACGAUUUCGGAGUGCACAUGUAUCAUGGAUGUGAAGGAGUAGGCGUCGUCCGUGUUAAAUGCCAAAAUCAAAUAUAACAUGACAUCCCGUGAACCGACGGAACGUAACAUCAUAGUGCAUAAGUUAGCGGAAAAACGCGUUGCAGGCGGUGAAGAGGAAGAAGAAGAAGGAGAAGAGAAGCGGUGCUUACGCUAUUCAGGGUGCGCAAAAUAAUUGAUUUACCGAAGAAAAGUACAAAUAUUUCGCUCGUAGUCGUAAACUCCGUAGAACUGUGGUUAAAUGAACAUAGAGCUAGAGAUGUUACCUUCGAACUCGCUCGAGGUGGAAGUCGGGAGUUCAUCGCCUUCGAGAGAAAGUUUCCUCCUGGAGACGAUGCCCAGUGAGUUGCAUACCGAAAUUGCAUCUUGCUUCUUAGAGACAGAGGUCGUUGCUCGAUGCCAGGAGGAAAGCAACGAAACGGCCAAAACCAUCCCCGAGUCCGAGUGUUCGAAAAAGAAGAUCGAAUCAGCUGGUAGUACCAGGUCUGUGAACGAUCGGCCGCGUCAGAGCUUUUCGAAGGGUUCCGCGUCGUUGCAAAGCCUCGUUCGUCGAAAGAGUCGAAAACACGGCGCGUCCUCAUUAUCCUUGGACGUAGACCUUUCUACGUAUUCUUCGCAUCCUAGCUGCCCUCUCGAUCCACCCAAGGAGAAUGGUGUCAAUGCUUAUAGGAACGAUGAGGAAACUACAUGCAUGACCACACGUACAUCCACGCUUAUUUACGCUUCGUCCGUGCAAUUAUCGCCUAGAGGAGGCAACAACGUGCAGGACGUAUCCUCGUCGAACAAUAACGUCGCGACUGUCACUACCACCAGCGCCAGUAACGUUACUUCCUCGGUCAGUGGAAGUCGUGUCUAUAAUACCGCCUUGUCUUUGAUACGAACUACCAGCGUGAUUACGGCAGGACCGUCCACGUCUUCCUGCAGCAAUUCAGCAGAGGAGGAGUCGGGUUACGUUGUUGAUCCGGCUCAAGGAAAUGCAUAUCAUAUGGGACAACUGCUUGGCAAGGGUGGAUUCGCACAAGUCUUCCUCAUGACCGAUGUCAAUAAUGGAAAGGAAUAUGCUUGCAAGAUUAUUCGGAAGAACCGAAUGCAGAAGGUCCAUAUGCAAAAGAUCGCACGUGAGAUUAUGAUCCACAAAGAGCUGAAUCACGUGAAUGUUGUCCAGCUGCAUCACUACUUCGAGGAUAACCUUAACGUGUACAUGCUUCUGGAAGCCUGUCCUCGAAAGAGCUUGAUGCACGUGCUGAAGUACCGUGGCAAAGUCACGGAGCCGGAAGCACGGUAUUACAUGAAACAAAUGGUAACCGGCGUUGCGUAUAUUCAUGCCCAGAAUAUUGUACAUCGGGAUUUGAAGCCAGGUAAUAUGUUCCUAUCGGACCGCAUGAUCGUCAAGAUCGGAGAUUUUGGACUGGCGACAAGGCUUGACGGACAGCCCAGACGAGUGACGAUAUGCGGAACACCGAAUUACAUCGCACCGGAAGUGUUGUAUAAGCGAGCAUACAGUUACGAGGCGGAUGUUUGGGCACUUGGAUGCAUACUUUACGCCCUGCUGGUAGGGCAACCGCCUUUCGACACGACGUCACUGCAAGAAACUUACGACAGGAUAUGUAACAAUCACUAUCGAGAAGUCGACGAUUCGAUAGCGAGCCGAAACGGGCAAGAUCUCAUCAAGUGGCUUCUACAGCCGAAUCCUGAACUCAGACCUUCUUUGGAAAGGGUUAAGGAACACGCUUAUCUCACCAAGGAACAUGUACCAACUUCCUUGCCUCUUAUUUCUUGCUACCAAAUGCCACGUGCCUCUGUAAUCAAUCCCGUGUCACCGCCUUCAUCGAAUUCCAUUAAUUCUAGAAAUCAGAAAUUUAAUAAUACUCAGUUUCAUUCAACUCAACAAUCUCAACAACUGCAUGAGCAACUGCAAGAUGAUGAAAUAAAUCUUUCUCAACAUACCUUGCAAAAGGCAUCAAAAUUGAUCAGUUGGCUAGCCAGGAAGUUUCGGGAAGUUCCAAAAUUCAGACAAAGAUUAAGUAGCGUUCUUUGUCCAGAUCAUAAGAAAAUGGGAUACACAGCUCAAAGUAUGCAAAUGCAUCAAGCUCUAGAAAACUGUAUCACAGAAAUAAAGUUUAAGAACAAGCUGCGUAAUCAUCCGCCUGUAAGGGAUAUCGUGCCUUUGUUUAUCACCAAAUGGAUCGAUUAUUCGAACAAAUACGGCCUAGGUUUUCAACUUUCUGACAAAUCUGUCGGCAUUCUCUUCAACGAUCAUACAAAAAUUAGUUACACACAUGAUAGAAGAAGGGUGGAGUAUGUAACAACUGACGACGAAGUAACGCGAUAUCAUAGAGAGGAAGAUGUUCCAGCUACUCUACAGAAGAAACUUGUACUUCUGCAACGCUUUACACAAUAUAUGAAUAAAUUUAUGACUGAAGGUGGUGAAAUUAAAAAACAUCGAGUUCCACCAAAGCACUCAAAGAAUGUUUGUGUACCCAGAAUGAGAAGAUGGUUAAGAACUGAUAAAAUCAUUAUGAUGGAACUGUCAGUACCCCUUUUACAAGUAAAUUUCUUUCAAGAUCAUACAAAACUUGUAGUCUCACAAGAGUCCCCUAACAAAGGAUAUUUAAUUACGUAUAUCGACACCAGCAGACGUACAUCUUCAUAUUGGUUGAACGAUAUACGAGAUUUUGGUUGUACAGCAGAUAUCUACGAACGUUUAUAUUACGUUUACAAAGUAUCUAGAGAAUUCGCAGAAAUGCAUAAUAAUACAAUCGCUUGUAUUAUCAAAGAUACGCCACAAAAUGUGUCAUUCGUAUAAAGAUUGAAAUUUGUGUCUUAUGCAGAAAACUGUCUGU